AUACUGAGGUAUUUCAACCAAUUUUUUUGAGUUAGCUUUUUUGUAUUUUUUCACAGAAUAUCGAUUUGACAGACUGCAGAAGGGAAGAGAGUGUUUGACUUUAUCAAACAGGAACAGCCUAAAAAAGACCAUAGGAAAUCAAGAUUCAAGUGACCCUAACCCGUGGUUUUCCCAACACUAUCUCAGCAGUGCUACGUGGAGAUACGGAUAGUGAGUAAAUUUCUUCUAUAAGGAAUGCAUUUCAAAAUGUGGCUAGACCUAGAGUCUAACUGACCACAGCUAUUGAUGAUCAAUGGACCGCCGCAAAACUUCAACGAUAAACGCUUCUUUACGAGAACAAAUGAAAUAUUUGAAUCACUUCAGCAGGCACUUUAAUAUCGUUUUUAGUUUUUAAAUAGUUUAUUUGACACGGCACGAUACAAUUUAUGUUUAACUGAACUUUAAUAUCGUUGUUGUUGUUGAUUCAUCAUGUUGUGAAAUACAAUUUAUAAACAGUCAGUGGCAGUCAAGAAGAGAUGCCCCUCUGCGUCAAACCUAAAUCACGUCUCAGUUCAAAAAACGAUAACUCUAGUGAUUUUGCUAGCACACCAUCCAGUGACGCAGUUGAAUUUAGCAACGAGGAUCAAGACAAAAAUAUUUUCAGCGAUUACAUUAUCGACAUCUGGUAUCUUAUAUCGGAAUACAUCCUGCCGGAAGAUGUAUGCAGAUUUGCGCUAAAAUGUCGCAAGACAGCCGAAGUUGUGCAGUCUGCCAAAUUUUGGUAUCAUCUAUACCGGAAGCACUGCAAUGUAUAUGUUGACGAUUUACCCGGCCGUCUGCAGUCGGUAAAUAUGAUUAUUUUGCACGGAUUACGAGCGUGUACAAUACGCUGUUUAUUUUACACAUAUCCACCGUUUGUACAUCGCAUCACAAUUGCACCCUAUACUGAUCCACAUCGAAUCACCGGCCGUCAGCUGGUUUUUUCCUGGUACCGUCAAUAUAGAACCGGAUGGAAUUAUUACUUUAAGCUGAGAUCACGUCCAAUUCCGGGUAGCCGAGCAGAGCGGUCUACUGUUCUACAGAGGCAAAAAACUUACCCUGAUUAUCUGAAGGAUAUCUUCAUGAAUCCCGAGGAAGGUUGUCAGAUUCUGAUUGUUACAACCGAAGCUCUGCAUAUCAUUCCCCAAUACCAGGAACCCCUGUUCGUCCGCUCUUUGACGCAAACUUUGGCUCAAGGUAUGAGCAAAUAUAUGGUUCGCCUGAAAAUGGCCAACUACUGUCAGCAGGUUGUGGAUGAAAUUGUCCUGGUACCAGUGCGGCGAGUACGACUACUUGAUUGGUGGAAUCCAAAUUAUUAUCUAGAAGGCUCGACUAUGGAGAGGGAAGAAACAGAGCAAGAGCAGACGUUUGAGGGCGCUGAUGCUAGAUACUGGGAUGACUGAGCUUUAAAAAAAACAGUUUGUAACUUACUAGCUCUGGUCGAUCAGUCCAAAACAAAAGCAAAGUAGACCACACAUUUUCAGCAUUAAACUGACUUUAUUAGAUAUAAUUCCAAAAUACACAUCUUACACAAACUUUAAA